AUGAAUGGGUAUAAUAUAAACAAUGGCUAUCCACUAAAUGAUAAUAAUUCUCCAUCAAUUCCACAAAUCAACAUUGCCAAUCUGAAUAAUAAUAAUAAUAAUUCAAAUUAUACCCAUAAUAACCAAAAUAACAAUUCACGACUAAAUUUUAAUAGUAUCAAACAUUUAUAUACGGAUCAAAAUAAAUUAGUUCAUAGUGAUAAUAAUAGUUAUGAAAAUCUAUCACCUCCUUAUCGUCGACCUUCAAUGUCUGUUGAUUCAAUACCUUAUGAUGAUUCACCCCAAGAUGAUUCAAGUAUUCCAUUAAGUUUAACUGCUCAAGAACUCACAUUACAAGAAUCAAAAACUUAUAUGAGAUGGUAUAGUGAUAUUUUAGCAAGAACAAAUAAUCGAACUAUUUCAAUUAAUGACGUUUUUAAUUUUUUAAUAAAUUUUAAAAUUACAGAUGAUUGUAGAAAUCAAAUAAAUCAAAUUUUUAAUAAAAUAAGUUAUAGUGUUAAUAUUGGAGAAUUUUUUGCUUUAUUAAGAGUUAUAAGUCAUACAUUAAAAGGUGAAACUCCACUGAGAAAAUUAAUUAAAGUGGUUGCACCAGUACCUACACCACCUUCAAUAUUAUCAAAAAAGAGAUUAAAUGAUGAAGAAGAAGACACAACAGAAGAACAAACCCCAAACACAUUAGACGAUAAUAAACCAAUGGCACCAUUAGAUAUAGAUAGUUUUACUCAAUUUUUAUUAACUGGAGAAAGACCAGAUUCAAACUCCAACGUAACAACAUCAAAAAUUAGAAAAUCAAAAAAAGUUAAAUUUUCAGAUCAAAUAAAUAUUCAUGAUUCUUCACAAAAUUAUAUAUCACCUAUACAUUCACCAUUACCAACAUUAGAAAAUCAAUUAGAUUAUUCAUUACCAAUGGAUCAAUUAUUAAUACAAAUGGCAAAUAAACAACCACAAAAAGAACAAGAAGAAGAAAAAGAAGAAUUAAAAGAUAUGGAAUCUCAAAUUAAUCAUUUUCAUAAUUUAAAUACUGUUGAUACUAUUUCAGUAGAUGGUACUCCAAGACAACCACAAUCUUUAGAAAAUGAUAAUGAUAAUAAUAAUAAUAAUGAUAAUCAAUUAUUAAAACCAAAUAUGACUGGUCCUGCACAAAUGUCAAAAUUUAUAUCAUCUUUAAAUUCAGAACAACCUUCGUACCAAAAUGAUAACUUAACUCCAUUAAGACCAAAUGUAACUGGACCAGCAGAUAUGGCAAGAUUAUUCGCACCAAACCAACAACAACAACAAAAUCACCAGCAAUCACCACCACAUCAACAACAAAAUCAAAAUCAACAGUAUAAUCUACAACAAUCAUCAUCACAACAACAACAACAACAACAACAAGAACAACAAACAAGUCCUAAAAUCUCACUACUGGCAUUCUCAUCCCAAAUGACUGGUCAAACAAUGGAAAAUACUUUACAAAAUGGUAAACCACCAGUACCUCGUCAUAGAUCAUAUUCAUCACCAACACCAAAUAAAAAUGCCCCACCACCUCCACCACCACGAAGAAGAAACAUUUCAAACACUAAUCAAAGAUCAAUAUCUCCAUUACCACAACAACAACAAAAUUCACCAUCACCAUUGCGAUACAAUGCAUAUAAUAAUCAACAACAAUUUCUGCCUCAACCUCCUGCAUUACCUCCUAAGAUUCCCAACGACGUUUAUUCGGGGAAUAAUGACUCUACUACUAAUAUCUUGGAUGAUCUUAAGGCGUUACAAGAAGAAGUUGAUAAGAUUAGAAAUUUAACUGGUGGGUUUUAG